ACACUGGUACAUAUCUAUACUAUAUACCCUUACAUAGUCAACGGCAAGAUGAUCUAUGGUUCAGAAGCAGACCCGGAUACGUGAACUUCGUGUACGUGUACAACGAAAUCGGCGAAAGGCACCUCCUCUUCCACCGAAAUCGAGAAUUAGCAGUCUAAAUUGAAAUUCAGCUUCACGUCUUCAAUUCUUGUUCGACAAUCCCGCAAAUCGUGCAUCUUGGAGCGCCAAAACAGGAAGAAAUGAAUACAGCCCCCUUCACAUACCUGUUUGUUGCUGCAAUCUGCACAAUAAUGAAACUCAAUGCAACACAAGACGACAUGGCAGAAACAUCUACAUCUGCAACAAACAUAAGUGAAACAAGUCUAACUUCACUCCCUGUAAUAUUAAAUGCUGCUAACCGCUCAAACCUUUCACCAGGUCUUGCAUAUGAAGACUACACUUUAAAUCACUCAGUGUCAAGUCGUUUCUCAAUUACGACAUGUGGUGGGACUGCAAAUGGAUCACGUUGUGUUUUCCCAUUUGUAGUCCGUGGAAUAGUAUACAAUGAGUGUACUCAAGUUAAUGAAUUUCAAUAUUGGAGGCACUGGUGUGCUACAGAGCCAGGAGAAUUUGCCCGGCACAAGAAAUGGGGAUUCUGUAACUGUUCAGGUAUAGCUAUAGGUCACCCAGGCCAGCUGGAUGCAACUUGUGAAGCAUACAAUGGCAGUCUUGCCUGUAAACCAUUUAGAAGCAACCGUACAGUAUUUGUUGACAACAAGUUCAGUCAACAAGUCCUUGGAAAACAUGGCAUGGAUUCUCUAAAACAAGCAUUAUUAGACAGUGAUGAAAAAGACAAAGAUAGAUGCCUGACACCCAUGAUAAAGACAAUAUGCCAAAUAGUGUUUCCCGACUGUAUAGAUACGCAUGCUCAGUACAGUGUCUACCCAAAGCCACUUUGCAAGGAGAACUGUGACCAGUUUCAACAUGGAAACUGUUCUGAUUAUUUUAUCCCACAAUGUGAUGUACUUCCCAGUACAAAAGAUAUGCCUUCUUCUUGUACAGAUAUUAGAAUAGACCUGGGGUACCACAUAUCAAAAACAGCCAUUUCUACAGAUGCCAUAAACCAAAGUUCAAAAUCUGUGAUUCAAACAAUAGGCAUAGUGGUAGGUAUAGUCGUACCAUUGUUAGUUGUAGCAGCUGUGAUGAUCCAGGUUAUUCGAAAACGACAAAAGCAAUCAAAUAACUCUGCCUCAAAUGCUUCAUACACAGUCAACAGCAACUCCCUCAUGCUUUCAGCUCCCAACUCAUUAUCUUCAUCUAUGACAGUCAAAGAUGCAGUAGAGUCAUGUUGUAAAGAACAGAAUUUGGAAAGCAUGCAUUGGCAAAGUGGCACAACUGCAACAACUAAUCUCAGAGAAUAUCCACUUGAAAAAAUUAAAUAUGUUAAAGAACUAGGUGAAGGACAAUUUGGCAAGGUUUUCAUGGGCAUCAUUGAAGAUUUCAAUACAUCUGAUGGUCAUCCACUGCCAGUUGCUGUCAAAUUGUUAAAACCAAGUUCAUCUGACAGAAUGAAACAUGACUUCUAUAAAGAGCUGUAUGUCAUAUCCAAUCUCUGUCAUUCCAAUAUCAUCAAUCUGCUUGCCACAUACGUUAAUGAUAACAUCUACUGCAUGGUGUUUGAGUACAUGUGUCACGGUGACUUAAGUCAGUUCUUGCAAUCUUCACAAAUAGGAGAAGUUGAACAAAUUAUGGAAGUAAAUGCAACAGUCAAAAUUAGCUGUGGCUUGUCAUACCUGGCAGAAGAAAAGUUCGUUCAUCGAGACAUUGCAACACGCAACUGCCUUGUAGGUAACUCGAUAACAAUAAAGAUUGCAGACUUUGGUUUAUCUCGAGAUGUCUACACAUCUGACUACUACAGAGUUGCUGGUCAAGCUCUUCUUCCAAUCCGCUGGAUGUCACCAGAAAGCAUUUUGUAUGGCAAAUUUACUCCUAAAACCGACAUUUGGGCAUUUGGAGUACUUAUGUGGGAAGUCUUUACUUUGGGGAAAAAGCCUUACUAUGGCCAGUCAAAUCAAGAGGUCAUUCAGUAUGUGAUGGGUGGUGGUAGACUUCCUCCUCCUGAUGACUACUGUCCUUCUUCAAUCCGAAAAGUCAUGGAACUAUGUUGGCAGCAAAAUGCUGAAGAACGGCCCAAAGCACAAGACUUGCCUAACAUGUUGCAGAUAUAGAAAUUGUCAUUAAAUUUUUUAGUAAAGUUCACAGUGACAGUUCUUUGGCAUGUAUCUAAUGUUGCAUGCAUCAAAUCAAGUUUUUUUCACAAUGGAAUGACCUGUAACUGGUAAUUAGCUCAAACUAAAUACAACUUGCUGGUAGAAAGCUUUGAGUACUAGAAAACCAUCUACAUUGUAGAAUCUGACAAAUAUUUGCCAGCAAUCAUUCGUGCUGCUC